ACUUCAGGAGAGAACAAAAGAUGAAUGCCGAUCUUCGGAAUGGGAUUCAAAGAGAAAAAGAAGCGAAGAUCGAAUCUGUAUCCGGCGAGAACACUUUUAGAGGAGGAACAGAAGGGACGAAGACCACGUUGAAAGAGGAACUGUGGUCGGCUGUCAUUCACUUCUGGGAAUCUACAACAAUUCCCGGUCUUACUCAUGCUCGCGAUAGGAAUCGCUACAGCUCUUGGUUUUGGAUCAUACUUUUCCUGACUGGGAUCUGCGCGAUGUCCGCGAGCGUGUAUUAUGCGGUGACGGAGUAUUCCGCCCACCCCGUCACCACCUUGGUAUCCCUGAGAGAAGCACGAACAGCGAAAUUCCCAGCCGUCUCCGUGUGCAACACGAACCCCGUGAAAUGCGGGAAGCUGAUGCUGUUCCGGGACGUCCUCGAGACCCUUUGGAGCAGCAGCGGAUGCGAGGUGAGGAUCCCCGUUGCCCCCAUCAAGUGGAUGGGUCGUCCGGACUUCAACUACAGGAAAUUCGAAGCCGCCGUCAUCAGGACGGCCUUACGGGACCUCUCGCCCGAAAUGCUUCUCCGGAUCACCCAUUCAUGGAAUGAACUCAUAUGGGACUGCACGUUUGAGGGGAAAAUCUGCAUGGAUGGAAGGAAUUUUCCCCCGAUCGUGAACUCCCUCUACGGAACCUGCUUCAUGUUCAACAGCGAGUUAAACUCCAAUGACCCCGCUGCUGGGAAACGAAUCACCCGUGUUGCGGGGAAUACUUAUGGCAUCACCCCGAAGACAUCAGUCGUACCCAAUUCCGAAUCCCCGAAUGGAGCGGACACCUUCCCCCCGGUCACUGAAGCGAUGGUGUUCAGGACGGCCUUACGGGACCUCUCGCCCGAAAUGCUUCUCCGGAUCACCCAUUCAUGGAAUGAACUCAUAUGGGACUGCACGUUUGAGGGGAAAAUCUGCAUGGAUGGAAGGAAUUUUCCCCCGAUCGUGAACUCCCUCUACGGAACCUGCUUCAUGUUCAACAGCGAGUUAAACUCCAAUGACCCCGCUGCUGGGAAACGAAUCACCCGUGUUGCGGGGAAUACUUAUGGGCUCUCGCUCUCGCUCUACCUGGACCAAGACCAAUACACCUCAAACGCCGUCUCCGAGAGCGCCGGGAUUCGACUGGUCGUCCACACCACCAACGAACUCCCAAACCCCAUGGAGCAGGGACGCUCCCUCCUCCCGAACACGCGAACGUCCCUCGGGAUCAAGACGGUGAAUAUCAAGCGGCUGUCGGAACCAUAUGAUAACGGCUGCUCCGCCUCGUGGAAAGAAACCAAGGUGAAACCCUACAACCCAUUGAACCCGAAUAUCCCCAUCGCCUACAAUCUCGUGCAAUGCAUGCGGCUGUGCGAGAUCGCGAGCGGAGAGAUCAAUUGCAACUGCCGCAACCCGCUCUACACCGAUGUCGUGGUGGGGCCCGGCGGAGUUCGCAACGACACCCGCUUCUGCAAUUUCACGUCAGGAAGCGCGGACGUGAAUUGUUUGGAGAGAACGAUGAAUUCGCUGAAUGCCGAGAACAGCUCGUGUUCCUGUAAGGCGGCUUGCGAGGAGACGUCAUAUCAAGCCUCCAUCUCGAGCUCAUCGUGGCCGGCCACCAACUACCUGAAGAGAUCGCUGCCGAGAAUAGGGGCAGCCUUGGGCAUGGUUCUUCCCAGGCCGGGAGAAUUAUCGGAAAGCGACACGAAAGAAUUCCUGAACGGCGUGCAGAAUAACCUUCUGAAGGUGGAUGUCUAUUUCCAGAGUCUCAGCUACGACAUCAUCGAGCAGCAGCCCAAAAUGGAUACGUGGGCUCUGCUUUCGAAUCUUGGAGGGAUUUCGGGAGUAUAUGUGGGGCUCUGCCUCAUCGUCCUGGUCGAAGUCCUUGAAUUAAUCCUCCUCCUGAUCUACAGAUCCCUCUGGUACGUUUGCCUUGGGUCGUCAAAGGAGAAAUUUCCCCCGAUGCCCAAGAACACUCCGGCAGAAUCGGAGGCAGAAUUGGAGGAAUUGCCACCUUCCCAGCCCUUCGCGCGAGGCUCUGCUUCGUUAAGGGCGACCAUCGCGUGCCGGACAAGAGAAAGCGAAGGUCGAGGCCGCACCAGCCCGAGUCGCUCGUCCGUCGCCCCCCUCCGUAUCGCUCUCGGCCGUCUUCCCAUCGCGUUCCUCUCCCGAUGCGAGGAGGUCACCCGCGAUCCCACUCGCCUCCUUCCUUCCCUCUCCCGAUGCCGCUCGAGUGCGCCUGCCCGUACCGAAUGGAACUCCUCUGAUGCGAGUCGGUGCCACUCUCAGGAUGUGAUACACUCCAUUGCAGACGGAGAUUUGCAGACGCUCGCGUGGUAUCCCGAUCGAGGGUGUGUCUCUUGUCCUGUCAUCUUCACCGAGCUGUGUCUCGAGUCCUGUCAUCGUCUCCGAGGUGUGUCUCAGGUCCUGUCAUCGUCUCCGGGCAGCGAACGGGAAAUGCCGGAGCCGGAGGCGGGGGAGGGCGGGGGUCGGAGGCCCCGGGGGAGGUCCAAGCUGAGGAGGUUCCGGCCGCUGCUGGCGGCGGGGGCCGUCGCGGUCGUCGUCGGGCUGGUCGUCGUCCUCUGGUACGGGUACAGGGGGGGCGGGGGGGAGGGAGGGGGGGCGGGAGGUGGGGAGGAUCUCGAGUUCGACGACUUUCUGCGGAAUCGAUUCGGGGCACGGUCCUUUGCCUUCAAUGCUUCUUGGCUCUCGGACGUGGAGCUGCUGUUCGUGAAUGGGAACAGAGACCUGGCUAAAUUUGAUGUCACGACCAACAAGGAAACCCUUUUGAUUCCUUCAGCGAGCGACCUGAAUGUUCCUGGCCUGGGAUUCAUGUGGGUCUCCGCGACUCAAAAAUUCGUUCUCUUGGCGUCGGACGUUCAAAUGAUAUUCCGGCACUCAUAUGUGACUCGCUACUUCAUUUACGACGUCGAGAGGCAGGAGGUGAUGGACGUGACCUUGCACGGUCCGAAGGAGGGGAACCGGACGCAGCUCCGGCCGGACCCGCCGCAAUAUUUCUUCCUGGCGAAAUGGGCCCCGACGGAAGACCGCCUCGUUUUCGUCUUCGAGAACGAUAUUUAUUACCGCCCGGACCCGCGAGUGAACAGGGACUUCCGCAUCACCGCCGACGGGGAGAUGGAUGUCUUCUACAACGGCAUCGCCGAUUGGGUCUACGAAGGCAUCCGUUUUUCUUCUUCUUUUUCUUCUCCUAUUGCAAUUCACAGGGAAAGCGUGAUUCGACACGUGGAGCUGCUGUUCGUGAAUGGGAACCGAGACCUGGCUAAAUUUGAUGUCACGACCAACAAGGAAACCCUUUUGAUUCCUUCAAGGGUUCUCAUAUUCCGGCACUCAUAUGUGACUCGCUACUUCAUUUACGACGUCGAGAGGCAGGAGGUGAUGGACGUGACCUUGCACGGUCCGAAGGAGGGGAACCGGACGCAGCUCCGGCCGGACCCGCCGCAAUAUUUCUUCCUGGCGAAAUGGGCCCCGACGGAAGACCGCCUCGUUUUCGUCUUCGAGAACGAUAUUUAUUACCGCCCGGACCCGCGAGUGAACAGGGACUUCCGCAUCACCGCCGACGGGGAGAUGGAUGUCUUCUACAACGGCAUCGCCGAUUGGGUCUACGAAGGCAUCCGUUUUUCUUCUUCUUUUUCUUCUCCUAUUGCAAUUCACAGGGAAAGCGUGAUUCGACGUUUGUGCCUUCAGAGGAGGUCCUCGGCGACUCGAUCUGGGAGGGAGAAUCCGGUCGUGAAAGCUUGGAUCGUCGACGUGGAGGCGUUGGAAGCGGAUCCGUCUUCAGAAUUCAAGUUUCCCAUUCUUCCUCCUCCUCUCUUCCAGAAUCGGGAACAUUAUAUAACGGGGAUUUCUUGGUCUGCAAAUUCUCGUAUUGCCGUGAAUUGGCUCAAUCGACAUCAGAAUCACAGCGUUACGACCCUCUGCUCCGAGUCGAGUGAAAGAGCAAGGAAUUGGUCUUGUUCCGUCGACCUGGAAUUGAAGAAUAGCGAGGGAUGGCUCGAGAUAGCAGCUCCGGACUUUUCUCCCUCCCCUGCGUCUUCGGAUUACCUCAUCGUGUAUCCGCACGAAGGCUGGAAGAAGCUCUUCGAGGUUUCCUCGUCGCGUCCUCGACCUCUCACUCCGGUUGGGUUUGAGGUCACCGGGGUCUAUAAAUGGGAUGUGGGAAAAGACCGCAUAUACAUCCAAGGUGUGUAUGGAAAUGCUCCGUCAAAGAGGGGCGUAUAUGUGAUAAAAGCCGGUGUCAUGACCUGUUUGUCAUGCUACUCACCUUCAGAAGAAGAUUGUUCCUACGCAUCUGGCUACUUCAGCGAGAAUGCCUCCUAUUACGUGCUUCAGUGCGCGACACCAACGACCGUCGCGAACCUGGUGACCAUCAGGGAGACGGAAAGCGGGGAGGUGCUGAGGGAGUGGCUUUCCAAUCGUAAGCUCAUGGAGAACCUGAGCAAGAAGAACCUCCCCGUCGAAAAGGACUUGGAAGUGGACGUGGCUGGAGGGUUCAAGGCUCAGGUUCGCCUCUACCUCCCUCCUGGUCUCGACGAAGCCGGAUCCACCAAAUACCCGAUGAUCGUUGAAACGUAUGCCGGUCCCAAUUCCAAAAGUAUCCUUGACUCAUGGAGAGGGAUUAAUUGGGGAACUUAUCUCUCGGGGACCGAAGGGAUCAUUUAUGCAAUGAUCGAUGGAAGAGGAUCCAGAUUCCGCGGGGAACAAUACCUUUAUCAACUGUAUCGUCGCUUGGGCACUGUCGAGGUGCAGGAUCAAAUAAAUGUCACGAGGUCAUUGGUCCGAGACCUGGGAUACAUUGAUGAGACUCGAGUGGGCAUCUGGGGUUGGAGCUAUGGUGGCUUCACGACCGCCAUGGCUUUAGCCACCGAUACCGAAGAUGUUUUCAAGUGUGGCAUAUCUGUGGCACCCGUCACUUCUUGGCUUUAUUACGAUUCCAUAUACUCGGAGCGAUAUAUGGGGCUGCCGACUCCAACGGACAACCUGGCCGGUUACGAAGCCGCGACCAUGCUCACUUCUGAAAAAUUGAAGAAUUUCCGCAAGAAGCUCUUCUAUGUGAUUCACGGGAGCGCAGACGACAACGUCCACUAUCAGCAGUCCAUGAUGCUGGCGAAGGAGCUCGAGCUGAGAGACAUCCUCUUCAGGCAGCAGCUCCGGAACAUGCCGGAAUCGGAGACAAUAACAGCGGAGCUCUGCCGAAAAGCAUGCGGGAAGGUGUCGGAUGGUCUCCGGACGGAUUUCCCCUUUGGUGGUGACCAGGCCGGUCGUGAAAUGGAGAGCACGGGGAGAUCACAGGCUGCACCUGCACACACCUAUUCGUUUUGCGGCUGCUUUCGGAUCAUUUUUGGUCGAGAGUGGACCUCGUUGACGUCUGUCACACACGACCUCGAGUUCGACGACUUUCUGCGGAAUCGAUUCGGGGCACGGUCCUUUGCCUUCAAUGCUUCUUGGCUCUCGGACGUGGAGCUGCUGUUCGUGAAUGGGAACCGAGACCUGGCUAAAUUUGAUGUCACGACCAACAAGGAAACCCUUUUGAUUCCUUCAAGGGUUCUCAGCGACCUGAAUGUUCCUGGCCUGGGAUUCAUGUGGGUCUCCGCGACUCAAAAAUUCGUUCUCUUGGCGUCGGACGUUCAAAUGAUAUUCCGGCACUCAUAUGUGACUCGCUACUUCAUUUACGACGUCGAGAGGCAGGAGGUGAUGGACGUGACCUUGCACGGUCCGAAGGAGGGGAACCGGACGCAGCUCCGGCCGGACCCGCCGCAAUAUUUCUUCCUGGCGAAAUGGGCCCCGACGGAAGACCGCCUCGUUUUCGUCUUCGAGAACGAUAUUUAUUACCGCCCGGACCCGCGAGUGAACAGGGACUUCCGCAUCACCGCCGACGGGGAGAUGGAUGUCUUCUACAACGGCAUCGCCGAUUGGGUCUACGAAGGCAUCCGUUUUUCUUCUUCUUUUUCUUCUCCUAUUGCAAUUCACAGGGAAAGCGUGAUUCGACGUUUGUGCCUUCAGAGGAGGUCCUCGGCGACUCGAUCUGGGAGGGAGAAUCCGGUCGUGAAAGCUUGGAUCGUCGACGUGGAGGCGUUGGAAGCGGAUCCGUCUUCAGAAUUCAAGUUUCCCAUUCUUCCUCCUCCUCUCUUCCAGAAUCGGGAACAUUAUAUAACGGGGAUUUCUUGGUCUGCAAAUUCUCGUAUUGCCGUGAAUUGGCUCAAUCGACAUCAGAAUCACAGCGUUACGACCCUCUGCUCCGAGUCGAGUGAAAGAGCAAGGAAUUGGUCUUGUUCCGUCGACCUGGAAUUGAAGAAUAGCGAGGGAUGGCUCNGAAAAGCCAUUCCAGUCGCGAUGCUUCUUCAAAAUGCGCCGAGAUUCGUGUCGCGUGGGAAAAUGGAGCUAGACCGAUAUUACAACACGUGCUGA